AUGAGCUCUGCACCAAGCUGGCGCAGGAAGCGCCCCCGCUCCGCCGCCUCCAUCUUCCAGGGCAGCAAGACCUCGCCGCGUGGCUGCGACGGUGAACGCCGGAGCAGCGGCUCCGAGAGCGCCUACCAGACCCAGAGAGCCCUGGAUGACUGCAAGAUGCUUGUCCAGGAGUUCAAUACCCAGGUGGCUCUAUACCGGGAGCUGGUCAUUUCCAUUGGGGAUGUCUCAGUCACCUGUCCAUCUCUGCAUGUGGAAAUGCACAAAACUCGAACCCGAGGAUGUGAGAUAGCCUAUCAGGCUCAUCAAAAACUAGCAGCAAUUUCUGGGUAG